GCUCAAUGCUUCCUGCUCAUUGAGUGCUGUUGCUAGAGCGGCCUCCUGGAAGUGAGAAGAGGCUUUGCAAAGGGAAGAAGCUUUGGAGCUGGAAGGCAGCAGGGAGGAAGAAGUUUUUUAUUCAACUGGUGCCCUGAGUAAGGUCUUUUUUCCCCCACCCCUAGCCAAAUCCUCCUAUUUACUGCUAUAAGACCAACCAGGGAAGCAGAAGCUGGAUAUUUUCUUCCUUCGCAAUAGUCAAGCAAAGAAGCAGGAGGUUUUUCUGUGGUUCUCAAGUUGAGAUUGCUUCCCUUACUGGAGCAUACUAGAGUUGGAAGGGAACACACGGACCAUCCAAUCCAACUCCAUUCUGCCAUGCAGGAAGAUACAGCCAAAUAAUUAUUCCUCUAUCUCUUCAGUUGUCAAUAUUCUUCAAUUGUAAACAUUUGGUAGGGCAGAAUUAAGACGGAGCAAUGAAAGAGCACUUAUAUGCAGAGCUGGACCUAGAAGGACGACCGGUCAGAGCGGGAAACACCGCUAGGGCAGCUCAACCCGAAUCUAUGGCUGAACGGUCAAGUUGGGGAGCAUCGCAAGAGGGCAAAGGAGGCCCAAACAAAGGGAUGCAACAGCACUGGGAGGCCCAAUGGCAGGAGUUCCUGAAGACACUGCAACCCAUUCACACAAGAUGGGAAACGCCAACCGUGCCAGAGAUCGCCCCAUGGGAAGACGCCAAAGCCUUCCUGGCCUCCUUCGAGCAAGUGGCCAAAGCCUGUCGAUGGCCAAAGGAAGAGUGGGCGGCCCGGCUUUUGCCGGCACUGAGCGGAGAAGCAGAGCAAGCCUUUCAGAGCCUGGAAGCCGGAGACAGGGAAGAUUACAGGAAAGUGAAAGCUGUCAUCUUGCGAGAGGAUGCCCUGAGAAUGGAGCUGCAGCGCCAGCAUUUUCGGGAGUUUUUCUGCCAGAAGGUUGAGGAUCCGCAAAGGGUUUAUGGUCAACUCCAGGAGCUUUGCCGUCGGUGGCUGAAGCCGGAGAGACGCAGCAAGGAGCAGAUUUUGGAGCUACUUAUCCUGGAGCAAUUCCUGGCCAGUCUUCCCCAAGAUCUCCAAAUCUGGAUCCGAGCGGGAGGCCCAGAUACCUGUUCCCAAGCUGUGGCCCUGGCAGAGGACUUCCUCCUCAAGAGACAGCAAGAGAAUGAAACAGGGAAAUGGCAGGGGGUAAAAAAGGAGGCAUGCCUGGAUUCUGAGAAUACAGAGGAAGAUCCCUCAGAGGCUGUAAAAGGAGAGAUCCAUAAAGAAGAUAGACAAAGCAGUGAGACAGUCAAGUGCCCCAUCGAGGGCAGUUCAUCGCUUUCUCCAGAAGAACAGAGAAUCAUCGUGAGUAACAUCAAAGAGGAACCAGUGGAUCUCCAGGAAACUGACCCAUCUGUGCAGAUAGCCUGGCAGAACAUGACCCAGCCAAGUCAACAGACUAUUGUUUGGCAAGUUCUGCAAGAGGAUGAUGGGCAGGUGGAUGCAUUAGGUAAGGACCUUUCGACUUACCAGAAGUACCUCUGUUUUCUUACUUUCUUCUAUCCCGUAUCUGCCUUUGUCUCUACAGGUAACAAUAUGGGAAGUCAGGUCAAGUUGGAAAAUUCUCCAUAUGAAGAAAAAGAGCUGGAAGACAUCCCACAACGACUUCCACAGAAAACCCACAGGAUUGUGCUGGGAAUGUGUGAGGAGAGAUGGAAGUCUAAAGGCAUACGGAAGAAGUGUGCCCUAAAGAAGGGGAAGGAGGGCGCUGAAAGCCGAGAAGGAUUUAUAGCACCAGUUACUCAGCCUUCCAAAGUACAUAUGAAGGAGGGAAUGCUCUUAUUCUCCAUACAUGAUAGACGAUAUCACUAUGGAUCCGAUGUCGACACGAUAAGUACCAGAGAUAGCUCCGCGGCAGAGGAAAACAUUCGGCGAUAUUCCCACCAAGAAAUGCCAACAAGAGAGAAUAAAUCUCGGUCAAGUGAGCAUGGAAAUGGAAGUAAUUUAGGCAAGUUUCAGGCUGCCCAAAGAGAAGGGAAACCUCAGAACGUUCCCGAAUCCGGGAAGAAGUUUUGUUAUCCAGCGUCACUCCCAAGAAUUCAAGGAGUUGAAAACGAAGGGAGACGAUUUGAAUGCCCUUUUUGUCGGAAGUGCUUCAGUAGGCAAGAGCAUUUGAUGAAUCACCAGCAGCUUCAUACAGGAGAGAAGCUACACGAAUGUCCCGAAUGUAGAAAAAUCUUCGCUUCCAGACAGGCAUUAAGGAGACACCAGGGAAUCCACAGUCUGGUGAAACCCUACAAAUGCUCUCAGUGUGGGAAAUCCUUCAGCCAGCGGAGAAAUCUGACAAUCCACCAAAGAAUUCAUACGGGAGAGAAACCAUACAAAUGCUCCGAAUGUGGGAAGAAGUUCAGUCGUACUCAGUGCCUGAAGAACCACCAGACGAUUCACACUGGGGACAAACCGCACAAGUGUUCUCAGUGUGGCAAAUGUUUCAACCAGAGGAGGUACCUGAAGAACCACCAGAGAAUUCACACUGGACUGAAGCCUUACGAAUGCCCUCAGUGCGGGAAAUGUUUCAGCAUGGCAGAGUAUUUGAGGAACCACCAGAGAAUUCAUAGCGGUGUGAAACCGUUCCAGUGCUCUCAAUGUGGGAAGAGCUACAUCCAGAAAGUUGCCUUGAUAAGUCAUCAGAGAAUUCAUGCCGCAGAGAAUCCCAAAAAAUCUUCCUAGUGUGGCGAAUGCUUUCGUGAAGGGAGACAUCCAAAGAGCAAUGAAAGGAUGUAAUGUAUUUUGCAUCAUAAUAGUUGCACUCCCCCCCCUUUCUGUGUGAAAAGGGGGUGCGACUAUUACAGGGUGAAAGCGCUACAUCCAGAAAGUCGCCUUGAUAAGUCAUCAGAGAAUUCAUGCCGCAGAGAAUCCCAAAAAAUGUUCCUAGUGGGGCGAACACUUCAGUGAAGGGAGACAUCCAAAGAGCAAUGAAAGGAUGUAAUGUAUUUCACCUCAUAAUAGCUGCACUCCCCCCGCCCUUUUGAGUGAAAUGGGGGUGCGACUAUUACAGGGUGAAAGCGCUACAUCCAGAAAGUCGCCUUGAUAAGUCAUCAGAGAAUCCCAAAAAAAAUUCCUCGUCUGGCGAAUGCUUUGGUGAAGGGAGACAUCCAAAGAGCAAUGAAAAAAAAGGGGGUGCAACUAUUACAUGGUGAAAGCGCUACAUCCAGAAAGUCACCUUGAUAAGUCAUCAGAGAAUCCCCAAAAAUGUUCCUAGUGUGGCGAACACUUUGGUGAAGGGAGACAUCCAAAGAGCAAGAAAAGGAUGUAAUGUAUUUCACCUACUAAUAGUCACACUCUUCCCCCUUUUUUAGUGAAAAGGAGGUGAGACUAUUACAUGGUGAAACAUUCCAGCGACAGAGCUUUAGUCGUCUGGAAGAGAGUGAAGACCCAUAAUGGGUAAGGGGUCAAGCAUCCAGACAAGUUAAUUAAAGGUGUGACUAUUAUGCAAUGAAUACUAGAAAUAUCAAUGUAUGCCCCCCAAAAUGAGAGUGCAACUAUUAUGCAGUGGUGACUAUUAAGCAGUGAAAUAUGAUAUAUUUUCCAUAUGAAAUGGUAUGAGAGAAACUUUGAUCAGCGGGAUUUACUCUAUAUACUCAUGUAUAUGUUUAGAAAUUUAAGUUAAAACAAUCAACCCGAAAAUCACCUGGGUCAAUUUAUCAGCGGGUCAGUGUGAGUGCUGUACGUUAACUCUUACCAAAAUAAAAUAAAAUAAAAAAGAUUAA